CCACCACUUCUCUGACAAUCAAAACCCUCGACUAUCUCUGCCUUCUUCGAGCUCCUAUCUAACUUCUUUUGGAAAAUGGCUUCCAAACCCUUGGCUGCCACAGCUCUUCUCCUCACUCUCAACCUCCUUCUCUUCACCUUGGUCUCUUCCAAAAGUGUCCCAUGCCCACCCCCUCCUUCUAAGCCUACGCCAACUCCCUCACCUUCUUCUGGAAAAUGCCCCAUGAACGCACUCAAGCUCGGCGUGUGUGCCAACGUUCUUAACGGCCUGAUCAACGUAUCUCUCGGCAAGCCACCAAAGAAGCCUUGCUGCACCCUUCUUGAGGGCCUUGUUGACCUCGAGGCUGCCGUAUGCCUUUGCACUGCCCUCAAGGCCAACAUUUUGGGCAUCAAGCUCAACCUCCCUGUCGACCUUAGCUUGCUUCUGAACUACUGUGGCAAGAAGGUCCCAGCAGGAUGGAAGUGCGCUUAAGGCGGCUUGACAUCCUUCUGAAAUCCAUCUUCACUUGUUUGUUCCUUGUGUUAAUGGUCCUUCGUGGUUGAAUGAGUUUUGGUUCUAUGGGUGUAUGUCGUGUCUUUGUUCAGUCUAUUGGCUUGGAGUGGAAGAUCAUGAAGAGCCUUCCAUUUCCGGUGCAAAUAAGGAUUUAAGGUCUGUUGUCAGUAAUGCAUGCAUGGUUUGGGAGAAGAAUUAUGUCUGUGACUUUAUAAGACUUUGCGCGUUUGUAAUCUGCCACAUCAACUGCAAUUCCUCUAGGGACGGAAAUUUCCCCUUGUAUCUACUUCAUGACCUUAAUGAAGUAGGUGGGACAUUAUUCCUCCUUUUUUUUAUCAGAAGAAAAUGUAGCUUCUUCGGGAACUAAUACUUCUUUUUAUCGUAACUUUUGGAAUUGUUUUCCA